CGCCAAUCGACCGAAGCUUAGGCUGUUUUUGUUCAAAGCUAGUAAGAGUACAUUUAUGGUCAAGCCUACUGAGUGAUGCUUAUAUUUCUGUUUAGAUAUACAAUUCUAACACUGAAUUAUGAAUCGCAGUACCAGCCCAGAGCAAGAAAGUACCUGCAUAGACCAGGGGAUACUCCAGCCGACCCACUCAUGCUGCGUUCCCCUCCUGCCCCUCCUCAGAUUUGGUGGGAAUAGCCUGCUCUGGAGGCCUUUCAUGCAAGCCUGGCCAAUAUUAUCCUGGCAUGUAACUAUUGCAUAUUGAUACCUGCAGUCCCCACUGAGCUUCGAGGCAAAUGAUUCCACAAAGUAUGGUGGAGCUAGUUGAGCUGGACAGCGAAGUGCUGUUGUAGGGCAGCAACUGUCAGGCCAAACAGCAUGACACAUCUUAACUUCGAAUUCUCUGUACCUCCUCACUCCAUCCCACCUUCAUCCUUGCCAGGAACAACUCCACAUCAAAUCAUCUGUUUCUCCGAUUAAUCAUAGUUCCUGCUGAGACGAGAUGGGUGACGGAAACACGUUUGACAACAGAGACAACACAGUUCACAACCAGGCUGGUAGUCAGGUUGUUUAUGGCAGUAUUUAUAAUAAUACUAUCUAUGCCUAUGAGCAAGAUGGCGUGCAGCAUAUUGCUGAGGACAAGUCUCAUCUCGAUCAGAAGCUCCUAGAAGCAGCCGGGAAAGGGGAAACUGCGAAAGUGAAGCAUCUACUGGACAACGGGGCAAACGCUUCGGCCGUGGAUUCGCAAGGCCAGACAGUGCUUCACGUCGCUGCAUCUGGGGGACACGAUGAUAUUAUCGGCAUUCUCUUGAGGCGAGGGGCCGACAAGCAUGCGAGAAACCGCUCUAAUCACCGCCCUUCGGAGCUCGCCAGGUUGCUUGGUCAUAUUCCCCUGGCGAACAAAUUGGAGCUGAACUUGCUUUGAAGGGGGGUUUUUGGAUGACGAUUUCUUUUUAUGAUUCAUGAUGAAUAUAUUCACUGUUAGCAAUCGUCAAACUUUACCUGAACGCAUACAGUCUACUAUGAAUGCACAUAAAACGCUUAAUGAAUGAAAUGCAAGCAUCUUC